GUUACUCAUUUCAUUUAUCACCUUACCACUUACAAUAGAUUAGAUAUAAAAUACUUAUUAUUAUGGAACAGCUAUGGCGUUUAAUACAAAUCAGUCUAGCGAAUAUCGCUCCACUUACGAACGUAUCUGUUGUGAAGAUAAGUGUUGUGCUAUAAAAUUUAAAAGUGAAAAUGAGAUGCAACCUAUCUAUGAAAACCUUUAUUUACAUCGCAGUCUUCGGUAUGAUAACGUUAUUAUAUUUAUCAUUAAACGAUAUAAAGACAAAAAAUGAUGUUCUACUAAACAAAAGAAUGGAAAGCUUGGAAAAUACUAUGGAUAAAAUAUUACGGAAGCUAAAUAAUAACAAUGAAAUAGUCAAAUCAAAUGCAAAUAGUAAAUCAGAAUUAAAAUACAUAUUGCAAUGGACAUCAUCGCGUAAUGUUCCAUUUGUUUAUAUGGGUGAAGGUCAAAAGGGUUUUAUUGAGAGAAAUUGCAGUUUUACGAAUUGUUAUGUGACUGGUAAUAGGACUUUCCUAGGCGAUUACACUAAGUUUGACGUGAUAGCGUUCGCUGGUCCGGAGGUAGUGAGAAUGACAAAACACGCGUUACCAGAGAGGAGAUCGCCUCACCAAAAGUUUGCAUUCGCUAGUAUCGAAUCCUCCGCCAACUAUCCAGUAUGCUCUGAUAAACUUGACAAUGUUUUCAAUUGGACAUGGACGUACAAACUCGAAUCCGAAGCUAAAUGGGGUUAUGUAGUAGUGAGAGAUGCAAAUGGCAAGAUAAUAGGACCUAAAGUAAACAUGCAAUGGUUGAAGCUAGCGGAAAUGGAACCAGUCAGUGAGGAAUUAAAAGAGAAAUUGAGAAAGAAAACCAAAGCAGCGGCAUGGUUUGUCUCGAACUGUUAUUCGAGGAGCGGUCGUGAAAAAUUCGUAAAAGAACUACAAGCGAUGCUCAAAAAAUAUAAUUUAGAGGUAGAUGUGUAUGGCAAAUGUGGUCCCUUGAAGUGUUCACAAAGUAAACAAGACGAUUGUAACAGAAUGUUGAGUGAUGAUUAUUAUUUCUACUUAUCGUUUGAGAAUUCGUUUUCUGAAGACUACGUUACUGAGAAGUUAUUGUACGGGCUACAACAUGACGCAGUGCCUAUUGUAUACGGUGGUGCCAACUAUACAAGAUUCAUGCCAGAUGGGAUUUACUUAAACGCAAGAGAGCUGGGAGCUGAAAGACUGGCAGCCAAAAUGAACGAGCUCAUACUAAAUCCAGAUUUGUAUGCAGAAUAUUUUAGAUGGAAGAAACACUAUUCAUAUUACAGAAGAUACGAGAGUAUAGAAACGGAUGACUACUGCAGCUUCUGUACUAUUCUGAAUAACGAAGAGUUAGUGAAAAGUACUAGUAUUUACGGAGACUUUCGACAUUGGUGGGACCCACCGGGACGGUGUUGAGUUAACGUGAAAAGAUGGACACUAGUAUUUUACUCAUUUAAUUUAUAAGUUAUUCGUGUUAAAAACGCAUUGAAGAACUGCAAAAAUAACGGUUUCUUGUGAGACUAUUAAGACCAUUUAAAACGCAUAGCGUUUAGGUAAUUCCGCGACAUCUUUUCAUCCGAAAUUCCUCAGUGCCUGAAGACGAAAGUCUUCAAACAGUUCGUGUUGCCAGUGAUGUUGCCACCUAUGGAUCGUAGACUUGGUCGUUAACUAUGGCCCUUAUUAGAAGGCUCAAAGUCACUCAGCGGGCGAUGGAGCGAGCUAUACUUGGGGUUUCUCUGCGUGAUCGAAUCAGAAAUGAGGAGAUCCUCAGACGAACCAAAGUCACUGACAUAGUUUAGCGAGUCGCGAAGCUGAAAUGGCAAUGAGCAAGCCACAUAGUUCGAAGAGCCGAUGGACGUUGGGGUCUCAAAGUGCUGGAAUGGAGACCCCGCACUUGAAAGCACAGUGUUGGUCGACCCCUCACCAGGUGGACUGACAGCAUCAAGCCAAUCGCAUGGAUUCAGUGCAGUGGACGUUCAUCGGCUGAUAUGAUGAUGUUGAUGAUAAGAUAUUUCGCCUCGACUAAAUGAUUUUCAGUGGCAGCCUGGAGUUGGGAAGUUGGUGGUGUUCAUCAACACCCUAAUACUUUCAUAAAAAAUAAGUUAAUAAUGACAAUGAUGAUGAUUAUACAAUUUGCAUAAUAAACGACUAAGCAUAACAAUGAUUGUAUAGAAAAGUGUUUUGUACUACUUUUGUACUAUUUUAAUACUUAUUAUAUUUGGGUUUGAGUAAGGUAUGUCGUGUCCCGGGUAGCGGUUAUGGGUGAUAAAUAAUAGUAGGCUCCACUGAUAAAACACUUAUAUUGACUAUCAGUUACAACGGUUAGGUAACGACUGGCGACAAACCGCCCGUAUCGACUUCAUUAUUACGAAAAUGCUUAAGUAGCAUUUUCAUUUACAAUUUAAUAAUUUUUGGAUGAAUUUUAAUUAUUACGAUCAUAAAAAUAGUCAAGAUAACACCAAUAGGUCGAGUUUAAAUUAAAAUUAAAAAAAAACUUAGUAAGCCAUUAUCUUUACUUACUCGUAGAUCUAGUAUGGUAGUAGGAAUAAAAUUGAAAUUUUUGAAAAGCCCCCGAAGGUCAUUAAAUUAUUAAUUACUCAGUCGAUCAAGUCAUCAAUAUUCUCUUUCAGUGCGCUUGCAUUUGAGACCCCAUCAUUAUCGACCCAUAUUCGGCUCACUGCUGCUCGAGUCUCCUCUCAGAAUGAGAGCUGUUAGGUCAAUAGUCCACCACGCUGGCCGUCUGCCUAUUUUAUAAGUCUAUGUAGAAUGUAAAUAGGUAGGGUACCUAUUGCUCAAGUAAAUGUGAACGCAGCGCAAUGGUAGGUACUCAUGGAAUAUUGAUCGCUUCACCGUCUGAUCGUCGUGUUCUGGAUAAGCACGUCUCUGUUCUCAACCGGCUCUCAAAUAUUAUACUGAAAUCCCAAAAUGUCGGCCAUUUUAAUGCCAGAAACGUAUUUGCGACAGAAAACGCUGUCUUUAUCCUCCUAGGUAAAGUAGCUGACCCAACAGAGGUUGUCCUUUCAUUUGGCUUACAUUGUUCAAUACGCUGUUAUUUUAGAACUUAUUUAUUGUUAAAUAUUAUGAAAAAUAAUAACAGAAAACCUCUAAAUUAAAACAAAGUGGUUGGAUCAAGCACUUUAUAUGAUUCCGUAGUUGUAGGUAUAAAGGUUGUAUGCCUAUACCUACGUCAAUUUUCAUCGUAUUUUGUACAAGAUGAGCCGCGGAUGUCUCUUAGUAAUACUAUAUCAUUAAUCUGUGCCAUUCAUUCAAUAAAGUGAUUCGAAAAUUUCCGACACCUUUGAUUUUGGCCUUUGGUUCAUUUUUUUUCUCUUCUUCUGUCGUAAGUGUUAGCAAAACAAACAAUAUUAUUAUUCAAACCCAUCAAACCGUUCUCGCCUUUUAGUUUGCGCUAUUUUCAUAUUGGUAUACCUAGUCUCCGACAGCCCCGUAAUUCCUGGGUCUGACAGCGAUUACGGUAACGGCGUGGCAAGGUGUGUUAGGGUUGGUUGAUCCCCCAUCAGGUGGAACCGAAUUCCUGCGACUGCUUGAUGUCGUCAUUAAGCGAGUCGCAGGGAUUCGCUGGAUGCAGGCGGCUCAGGAUCGUGAUGUUUGCAAGUCCCAACAAAAGGCCCAUGUCCUGCAGUGGACGUCUAUUAGUUGAUAUGAUGAUGAUGAUGAUGAUGAUGAUACCUAUAGUUUAUAGUGUUACGGUUAAAAGUGACUCUUAAACAGUUGGCGGUUUAACGAAAGCGUGCCGAUUUAUUAGUGUGACUACAACAUUAUUGCUGCCUUUGUUAGCAGUUUUAAUCCUGGGAACUUGUUAAUUUUUGACUACAAAAGAUUUUCUUUCAGGUUCGCGAUUUUAUACAUAGAUAACAAUACACCCAGUAGGUACCCAUAUUAUCUUGUAAAAUUAAUAAUGAACUUUUUAACAAACAAAAAUGUACCUACUUUUAAUUUUAAAUGGACUAUUGGAAAAUCAUGGAUGGUUGUUAAUCCAUCUACUUACUACAAAAAAGAUUUUUUUUGUAGUAAGUAGAUGACGGAGAAGGAGCCCCUUAUGUUUCAUCACCAUCAUAUCAGCCAUAUGCCUUUGCCAUAGACAUAUGCCUUUUGUAGAGACUUCCAGCGAAUCACUGCGACUAGCUUGAUGUCGUCAGUUAUCUGAUGAGGGGUUGGUUGUACCUAACUAUGAGAUUUUCUCUCUUUUAAGAAUUUUUUAACAGGUAAUGUCGUUCAACUUUAUCACCCUAAGCACGUCAACCCACAGUCUCUGUGAGUGUUUAUUGGUUAAAAACGAGGCGUCUAUUUACGGACGUUGUUACCAACGACUGGACCAUUGGCGUAUCUAGGAUUGUUUCAAUUAACAAUUAAUUUGGGGUGAGCCUACAUAUCUACAUAUCAAUUAACAGAGACGACACUUAAUAUAAUUUAGUUAACAAUAUUUGUGGACGCAAACCUAUGAAA